AAAUUUGAUGAGGCUUUCAGUGUGCCCACCCCUUGACUAAGAUUUCUGCACUGCUGAUAUUUGAACACUUGCUGUUCACCCAUCCUGGUGCCUGGAUUUCAAAAGAAAUGUUGCUGAGAGACAUCCUUUUGCCCCUCUUCAUCAUAGUUGUAGAUGUGGAUUCCUCUGAAGUAGUGUGUAGUUAUCGGGAUGUUUUAAACUACCUGAACUUGAGCAAAGGCAAUGAGCUUUUUUCCUUGACCCGACCUGUAAAAGACUUCAAAAAACCCACAAAGGUGGAUCUGGAAGUGUUGCUCUACGCUAUUUUAGAUGUGAGAGAGAUUGACCAGACGUUUGUACCAUAUGUAUGGAUUCUUAUGAAGUGGCAGAACGAUUACAUUUCCUGGGAUCCCAGAAAUUUUUGUGGCAUCGAAAGUGUUACUGUUCCUACAGACAUCCUGUGGAAACCAGAUCUUACAAUUGAGGAAAUGACAGAAAAGGAUAAAGCCCCUCCAAGUCCUUACCUCACCAUCAGGAGCAAUGGUAGAGUCCAAAUUCAGAAUGAUCAGGUGAUGGUCAGCACAUGUAUGAUGCAGGUUUACAAGUUCCCGUUUGAUGUUCAGAACUGCAAUCUCUCAAUUAAAUCAGUAGUUCACUCCGUCAAGGAAAUACAGCUAUUACAUUCCUACAACUCCUCAGUGACGACUGAUUGGUCACGUCAGUUGAUGAGGACGCAGUAUGAGUGGUUGUUUAUUAACAUGACAGUUACCAACGAAACUGUUACACCAUUUGGAUACAAGCAAGAUACAGUCAUUUAUACUAUCUCUAUGAAAAGGAGGUCUAUACUCUACAUCGUCAACUUCCUUCUGCCGCUUCUCUUCUUCUUGUGCCUGGACUUGUUCUCGUUCCUAAUCUCAGACAGGGGUGGUGAGAAGCUCAGCUUUAAAGUCACUGUGCUGCUUGCUGUCACUGUGAUGCAGCUCAUUCUUAAUGACAUUCUGCCUUCGUCAUCAGACAGGAUCCCACUGAUUGCGGUCUACUGCAUUGGGAUUUUUGCUCUAAUGUUCUUGAGCCUCCUGGAAACAAUUUUGAUGAUGUAUCUAAUGGAGAUAGAUGCUGAAUCCCAGGACAGUCAGAUGGACAGAGGACAACAUUUGGGAGAGGACUGUGUAGAAAAUCGAGACACUAACUACCAAAGCUGCGAGGAAGAAGAGAAGAAAUGGAUUAGGUGCCCGUGUACCUGUGGUGUGUCAGCAGACAAGAUACAACCUGAAUCGGUGCAGGGCCGCAGGAGCCGACUGACGGGGGAGCUGCAGGAGUCUGAAAAGCUCUCGGAUGAACUAAAGGACUUGAGAAGGAUGCUGUCUUUGCUAGUGAACAACAUCAGGGAAGAAAGGAAGCCUGGUUUUUGGAGCAGAAAGAUUAAAGUCAUCAACAAAACAUACUUUAUACUCUACGUAAUAGCUUCCAGCUUGUUCUUGAGCUUUAUGUUUUCCACCUGGACUGCUGCAGAUGAAUAAGACUUCCCUGUUUUGGCAGCUAGCCCAUCUAGUAGGCAUACUUGAUAGGUCGCCUACCUACAGUAGUACCAUUUCGCUUCCUAAGGUAGUGAUGGUUCAGAGAAAUGUCACCUUCUGGUAUUGUGUUGCGUUUCAUCACACUCUCUACAAAGAAAUUGUAGACCACUUCAAGCCGAGGGUCACUAUUAAAGCACCCUGGCCUUACCUCAGCAGUACAAUGGUUGGAUGUCCCGAUUCGUGUACAUAAUGUACUGACCAAGUAUUGAGUGAAUAAAGAGUACAGUGCAUGGAUAUACUUUUGAUUCCUAAAUUUAGUUUGAGAUAAAAUAAUUUUAGGUUCUUACUGAAUGUAAACCAAAAAUCCUGAACAGAAAAAAUGUAUUAAAUCAUAUGUGUGAUGACUAUAUAUAAAACUGAGUUUCAGCUGAAAUAAAUGAACUA